UCGUGGACUUCAUUUGUUAUGACAGUUAUGGAUAUAUGGAUUUAAAUAUCAAUAGGAACAAAUAAAGAGCUUGGGCUACCUGUGACUCAACGAAGUCAAGUUAUAAAUGACGACGACUUGCGCGAGAGCUUGCGAAAACGGGAGCGGAGCUAUCCCUUUUAUAGUUCGCGCGUUCGUGUUUAACGGAUGCUCUUUUUCACAGGGCCUAAUAGUUUGUGGCAUCUUGAUGGCAAUCACAAGCUUAUACGGUGGAGACUUGUGAUUCAUGGAGGUAUAGAUGGGUUUUCGAGGUUGGUGGUUUUUCUAAAAUGCUCUAUAAAUAACAGGGCGAAGACGGUAGCACACCUUUUUCUGGGAGCAACUGAGGAAUUUUGCUGGCCAUCGAGAGUGAGGACAGAUAAAGGUGGCGAGAACCAGGAAGUUGCCAGACUGAUGCUAGACAGGAGGGGAGAAGGGAGAGGAAGCAUCAUCCAGGGUAGUUCAGUCCAUAACCAGAGGAUUGAAAGACUUUGGAGGGAUAUGAGGGACAUGGUGACCGAGUAUUUCAGAAAAUUAUUCUUUUUCUUAGAGGACGAAGAUAUUUUAUGUCCUGACAAUGAUAUUGAUCUAUUUGCCCUACAUUACAUUUUUUUACCAAGAAUCAACUUUAAUCUCGAAAAAUUUAAGAAUUCAUGGAACAACCAUAAAUUAUCUACAGAAAAUCAGAAGACUCCAAACCAAUUAUAUUUAUUAGGUAUGCUUAGAUUAUUUGGCUCAGACUAUACUGCUGUUAAAGAUUUUUUCGAAGACAACACAAUAGAUGAAGACACUUAUGGAAUAUACGAACCGGACCCGGGGGUGGCGGAGGAGAUGCAGGAUGACGAGAUCGAAAGGGUGGUUGUACCAGCCGUGAGUCUACAGGUUGGGGAGGCUUGUUGGAAUGAGCUCCAGUCUGUUGACCCUCUUCAGCAAGACCAUAAUCAUGGCAUUCCAUCCUUCAUCCAGGCUAAGGCGAUCAUCGCGAGGCACGUACGCUGAGCAGAUGUUCAGCGUACGUGAUCUUCUGAUUAUUGUGUUGAUCUCCAUUUGUUUGUAUAAUUAUUUUUGUCGCAUUCUAACUGAUAUAACGGAAUAAUUUUAUUACCUUUUUUGGUUUACCCUGAUUGGUUGAGUUGAUCACGUGAUCUACAGUCCCUCUUCUCCCCUCCUGUCUAGCAUCAGCUGGCAAAUUCUUGUUUCUCGCCACCUUACGCUUUGAGCUUAGUCCGACAUUACAGAAUAGACAUUCUCUGGAAAAAGUGACGGGCCAUUCUUGCGUACAUAUACAUCAGUAUCAAUUGUAAAAAAAAAAAUUCACAAAUGUGGGAAUAAAAACCGGUAACCCC